AUGCCCUGGAAGGCGGGGAACCUGCAGGAGGCCAACGCGGCCGCAGAGCAGUAAGGUCCCGGAGAGUACGGCCGAGAGUAGGCGGGCGCGGAGGAGUCUGGCCCGGAAGAGUCCGAUCAGGAGGCGGACGCCACAGAGGAGAUGGAGGCUGGGAGGCCGCGGCCGGUGCUGCGCUCGGUGAACUCGCGCGAGCCGUCCCAGGUCAUUUUCUGCAACCGCAGCCCGCGCGUCGUGCUUCCUGUGUGGCUCAACUUCGAUGGCGAGCCGCAGCCCUAUCCCACGCUGCCGCCGGGCACGGGCCGCCGCAUCCACAGCUACCGAGGUCAUCUUUGGCUCUUCCGAGAUGCUGGGACAUAUGACGGGCUUCUGGUUAAUCAAACUGAAUUAUUUGUGCCAUCUCUCAAUGUUGACGGACAGCCUAUUUUUGCCAACAUCACACUACCAGUGUAUACCCUGAAAGAGCGAUGCCUUCAGGUUGUUCGAAGCCUCGUCAGGCCUGAGAAUUACAGGAGACUGGACAUUGUGAGAUCACUCUACGAAGAUCUGGAAGACCACCCGAACGUGAGGAAAGACCUGGAGCGGCUGACACAGGAGCACAUUGAAAAUCAACAGAUAGAAGAGGAGACUGGAGAUUUUAAUUGAAAUUUGCAUUCCUGAGUCUCAGCUUUUAAUGGAACUGACUAGUCUUAAUCUAGCUAUAGGACUGGUCAUUAUUCUCAGUUUCAAGGUAUCUCAUUCUUAGAGUAAAAAAAAUGCUCCAUUGCUUAAAAGAAAGUUAACAGACUUCACUAGGUAUUGUGAUGUUUAGGGGCAAAUAUCACAAAAUGUAAUGCCUGCCCUCUCUAGAAGUGUUUAUCGGAAAGUAGUUGCGUUUUUGCCUCUUAGUGAAUCUGGAAAGUUUCUGUGUAAGAACCUUUGUGUAAGUAAUUCAGUGAGAAUUGCAACGUAUUCUUUGAUUGUAAGAAAGCAGUGGCAUCUGCUUUUAAUUAUAUCGUGGUUGGUGAUGCGUCCGCCUCCCGCUUUGAGAAGACUGAGAUGUCCUUGAGGCAGGGACGAAUCUGUCUGCUCUUUAAGACCUCAGUGCCUCUCACAUUAUGAGCCUUCAUCAGUGGUUGUUGAAUGAAUAAACCAGUGGAUGCUUUGGUAGAAAGUGUUUGGAAAGUUUGCCCUUUUUUGCAGAGGGGAAACAAGGGACCUUGAAGUAUGUAUAGUAAAUAAAUGUUUUAAGGAAUUCAUUUUUAUAGAAAGCACUUUUUAUAAUUUUCUAAAUUUUGUGCUUUUCUCUGUUCACUGUUGUUACAAGUGCUGUUUUAUUUUCUGUUUCUAAACCAAGAUUAGGUUUUACAGUUACUGUGAUGAUAGCUCCUUUGAAACUUGACAUCUGUGCAGAAGAUAGGAGAAAACAGCUGUCCUCUUGCUUAACUCGAGUAUUAAGGAGAUACUGCCGUACUGUAAAUAGGUUUCUGCCAAGUGUGGGUAUUUCUGUUUCUUUUUGUAAAUCCAUGACAUUUCUGUUUGGUUUAACAUUUUUCAUCAGGCAGGAUCUGGUGACACUUUGCACCUGGCUGGAGGAGAGGCCCCUCUAAGCUCUGGGGAGUUACUGACUCACACAGUGGAUUCAGAGAGUAGCCUGGAAUGUUUCAUAGUUUUAUAAAUGUACAAAUACUUUCUUAUAGGCCAGACUUAAAUUCAUUCAGUACCUCUGUCAGGCUUCCUUUUGCAUAACAGUUUUAAAAAAUUUGGUAGAGAAAUUUUAGAAAAGACGGAAAAGUAAAAGGAAGAAAAAGAUUACUGUAGAUCCACUAUGUAAACACACUCACUAACUUAACAUUUUGAGUUUUCAACCCUCUUUAGAGCAACUUUUGGUUGGUUGGUUUUUACAUAGUUGAUGUUAUACUAUACAUACAAUUUUGUAUUCUUUCUCAUUUAACUUUAUAACUUAAAUAUCUUCUCAUGGCAUCUUUAGUUCCUGUGCUAACCUUUGAGCAGAACUCCUGUGCUCUGCAGAGUGAAGUGAAUGAAUGAAGUAAACCCCACAGUUGUCUCACUAUACCUUAUGUUUCAUCCAGUCUUGUUCCCCUCUUCGAACAUUCAGCAAAAUAGUUGGCUUUUUUUUUUUUUAAAGUAUGUUGUAGUACUCAUUCAGUGAUACACCUCUAAAUAUCUAAUUUUUUGUGUAGGGAAGAAGAAAUGCUGGUACAGAAAGUAGCCAUGUGAGUUCCAGAGUCAGAGAGGAUGGGGAUUUAAGGAAGUCUGCCGGUGCUGGAUUUGUUUAAUGUUGGUUUUUAUUUUAUUUUUAACCUGUCUUUGUGUCAAAAUGAGAUUUCAUGUUCCUCUUGUUAAAACAUGCAAUUUGAGUACUGUAUUUUUUGUGUUGUCCAAGGAAGUUGAAAACCUGUAGCAUGAAUAAUAUGUUUUUCGUUUGAAGUCUUAUGAAUGUAUUAAGAGACUGUGCUGUUUCCUAUUUUGAAUUUAAAAAGACUGUUCUUUAAUACAUUAAAUGGUGCUGAGUAAAGGAAAUAGGGAGGGUGUGUCGUGGUGUUAUUUUAACCAGACUUUUCUCCCCUGGAGAGUUGUAAAAGUCAUGUUUAUUUAAAGGCUUAAGGUGGGGGUGAGUAGCAGACACAAGCGCCUGACUUCUUCUCAGUUCCUUCUC